AUGGCCCAUCUUCGCUCCUCUCUGAUCGGCAAUGCUGCCGGCACCAUUGAUGGCUUCGACCUUUCUAAUGAAGCCUUCGACGGAGCGUGGCAAUAUGUCUGCGAGAAAUUCGGCUCCCCAGAACUCCGCAAGGUCGCCAUCUACGAUCGCCUGGUGGGCCUCCGCUGCCCCGAUGACGACCCCAAGGACGUUUCCCGCUUCCUAAACCAAGUCGUGGGACUCCUCGCCCAAGCUAAGCGAGUCGGGCUCGAUCAAAAUCAGCGGGCCAUCCAGCAAGCCAUCGAGAAGGCGUUGCCCUCCUGGAUGAAGCCCUACCUCUUCAGCGCUCGUCUCACCGCGGCUCUUUGGAACACGGAUGCCCUCAUGGCUCAUUUGCCCCGACUGGUGGAACUCGCCCCGGCCAAGCCAGUGGCACUGGGCCGCCCGCUCGUUUCGGCGACGACGACCCUCAGUUCGCAUGUGGAAAAUGUCGGGGGGACACCCACCAAGGGCCCGAACCGUCCGACCCCGCAGCUUCCAUGCUUCCUUUGCUCCACCCCUGAGGACCCCCAACUCCAUCGGGUUCGGGAUUGCCCCGUCGUCACGACUCCCGCAGCCCGCCUAGCCUGUUUGAAACGCCUGGACCGUUGUCAUCGCUGUCUUCGUCGUCGCAAACCGGGUCAGCCCCCUUGCUCGUGCUCCCGACGGUGCAGCCGUUGCCAAGGCACCCACCAUGACUUGGUGUGCCACGGGGACUCCGCUGAGGCUCCCGUUCCCCCGCCCGUGCCGUCCAGCCCUCGCCCUUGUGCUGCUCCCGUGGCGAAUGCCGAAGAAAUCCUCCCGGAAGCGACCACCGCCGUCGCUUCUCAGCCUGCAGCGCAAGCUCCCACGUCGCUGCUGCUCGUUCAAGUCCCUGUGCGAAAUCCCCUCACCGGUCAACAAGUUACCGUUUGGGCCAUUUUGGAUUCCGGGGCCAACCGCUGCUAUGCCACGAAUCAGCUGAAAACCAGUCUGGGGCUGACCGAAUCUCCCCCCUGCGCCCUUGCCGUCAACACCUUUGGCGGCCAAACCCUGCAGCGGACUUAUGGGACCAUUUCUCUGACCGUCGUCCUCGAUGAUGGCCUUCUGGACGUGGAAACCUUGUGCACGCCAAUCAUCGUGGCACCCAUCUCUACGCGAGUCUUGCGACCGAAUCAUCCGCCCCGGCUCAGCUCGUUGGUCCCCAAGACCGUCCAGCCCAGCCUUCUGUUGGGCGGCCCCGCCUUUUGGCGUGUCGUCCGUGCUCGCCACGAAGAUCACCGCUUAAAGGGCUACUGGUUGAUCGAUACGGCUGCCGGGCCUAUCGUCCAGGCCCAGAUCGAUCACGAGGGGCUGAUGGAUGUUGAGCCGGAGCCGGAUCUGGAGGCGAAUUGCGGCCGGAACAACAUCAGCUGCGCUUGCCACUUCCAGUAUGAGUAUUAUCGACCCGAUGAUCGGAUAACGCUCGGCCUAAUCGCCCUCCCCAUCAUGGCCUUCGGAAUUUGUGCGAAUUUGACGAGCGUCCGGAUAUUUACACAUAGAUUAAUGUCGUCAUCUUCCAUCAAUUGGUACCUGGCGGCGCUGUCGGUCAGCGACACGAUCAUCCUCAUCGCGUCGUUUGUCGUGCUGUGCGCGCCGCGGUUGGCCGAAUAUUUGACCAUGUGGAAGGUCGGCUACUGGAGUUACCUCGCCACCCCAAUAAUGUAUGGAAUUAUGACGAUAGCGCAGACGGCCAGCGUCUACCUAACGGUUGGCGUGUCGGUGCAUCGAUAUAUAGGCGUGUGUCAUCCGUAUAAAGCGCCACAAUUAUUGCCAAAAAAACGGGUCGCCUAUGUGAUCAUCGGGAUCAUUGCCUUCUCCAUUCUCUUCAAUAUUACCAGAUUGUUCGAGGUGAACGUCUCGAACGUGUGCUACCGCGUGAACAUCGACUACUACAUGCCGCACUUGAUCCCGACGUUGCUACGGCAAGCGAACAUGUACAAGCUGAUCUUCCACGGCUGGAUGCACACGUUGAUCAUGUUCAUCGUGCCCUUCUUGCUGCUGAUCGGCUUCAACUCGAUGGUUCUGCACGCGGUGCGGAGAAGUCGGAGAAUGCACGCGGCGGGCGGUGGCGAGAGUGACGAAAUGUCAAAGAAAGCGGAACGGAAGGAGCGGCAAACAUCUAUCAUGCUGGUGGCUGUCGUAAUCCUGUUCCUCGCCUGCAACACGUUGUGCUUCAUCAGCAACAUCUACGAGAACCUGGAGAUACCGCUCGAAGUCCUCGUCACUACCAGCAAUUUUUUGGUGAUCAUCAACGCCUCCGUCAACAUUUGCAUCUACAUGCUGUUCUCGGAAAAGUAUCGGUUAUUGCUGCGACACUAUCUGUGCUGCGAUUGGAGUCGACAGGGCGAGAUGCUGCUCAACUCCGUCAUGGCA